AUGGCAGAAGACACUCGAAAAUCCAACAAUGCUCCACCAAAUGAUGCACCUGUCACUGACGAGUCCUUACCCCAGCGAAGGAAACCAAAACAUGAUUUCCCCACAACCCAGGCAGGGAAGAUGUGGGAGGCUUUUGGUAAUCCCGCCGAGCCUGUGAAUGAAAUGCCAGGAGGGACCUACAACUCUGCUGGAGGCAAGCCGAAAGAAGUUACUUGGAAGUCCGCUUUCGAGUGGAAAUCGGGAGACGCAAAGAGGUGGUAUAAAGCGCCCUGCGCACGAGAUGCAUUGCUUGUUGGUCUUGGAGGCGGGGCUACCGUUGGUGGUGUCACAGCUAUUAUAGGAGGUCUCAAGAGCAUGGGUAGAGCCGCAAACUUUUCCGUUGCUGGCUUCGUGAUCUUGUCACUGGGUCAAUAUGGAUGGUGCGAGUCGAGAAGGAAAGAAGAGGCGAAGGGAAUGGCGGCGGCAGUGAUUGGCAUGAAGAUGUUGCAGGAGAAGAGGCAGCGCGAGAAGGAGGCAGAAGAGGCGAAGGCUGUCGCUGCAGCAGCUGAGGCAGAAAGAUUGAAGGAGGAACAUCGGCAGAAGCAAAAGAGUAGUUGGAGCUUCUGGUAA